AUUUCAUUUAGAGCUGGAUGUUUGUUGAUGAACGCACGAGUUUCUAUGAAUUGCCAGACUCAGGAUCCUGCACUCUAGCCACCUAGUAUGUCAGCUGCUAGGCUUCAAGAUGCGAGUUCAGCGCAGGAAGAUAUUGCUCUCUUUUUCAGUUCUGGCUCAGAGAUGAACUGAAGCAUGCAGUGCUCAGUUCUGUGCUGCAAGCCAUGGCGGUGGUCGAGAAGGCCUUGGAGCCCGUGAGGGAUUGGAGACAGUUCAAAGCAUGGAUGGCUCUUCAACCUCCAAAGGAAAAAGUCACAGGAGAAGCCUCAGGUUACAGAAGCACGCUGGUCAUGGCAGGCUUAGCCGUCUGCGAUGAUGACAUCCCGCCGGCGUCACCAUCCCUGCACGAGUCCGCGCUGUACCAGCAGCCCGUCUCCCUUCAACUUCCAGCCUUAGACGAGACUCGCUUGAAGCUGGGGCGCGAUCGACUAUAUAUGGCCUCCAAGUAUGGAGGCUCUUUGCAAGCGAGCAUGGAGCGAGCGCGCUUCUUCGUGGAGCUUCCCGAGAGCCCACAGCAUCGCAAGUUUUGCUACGAAACCAAAGUGGAUACCAGCCGCAGUGAAAUUGCCAAGCAAGUGGCGCAGGAAGUGGAGGAGGCCAAGGAAGAAGAACGAAAGAUUGCAAGGCGAAAUUCUUUGAUGAAGAUCAAAGAAGGGGGCCUAAGCCCAUUGAUGAUGGCCCAGGAGACGGCGGACCCAUCAAGAAGAUAUCGGAUCGUUGAGAAGGUGAUCAAACGAAAUCGAAUGCCAGAAGACAUCCUCGAGGAAGUCUGGGAAAAGAUCGAAGAGGCUCCUGCAACGGUCUCCUCGAGAUCCAUUGCAUUGGUGCUGAUGCAAAGAGUGGUAGCUGCUUCGAAUUGCCCAGCGAGCCUCGAAGGGCCACUGUUUAACUUCAUCAGAAACAAGCACAAGGAGUUUGUGAAAGAGAGACCAGGCCUGUCAAUGAACCAGGAGAGCUUUGUGGAGUUCUGCCGCUUUUGCGGUGUACUGCUCGAGUGCGCCGUUGGCCCGGGACCCGCGUCGAUUUUUGUCCGAGUCUUCUUCUCCUUCUCCCAGACCGAAGGAAGCGCGGUGGUGGCAGCAGAGCGAGGUGGUGGUGGCCAUGGGACAUUCACCAUGUAUAAUCAUGUAUAUAUAUAUAUAUAUUAUACAUAUAAUGAAGUAGAUGAAUUCCAGCGGGAAAGGAUGGAACAGAGGCUCAUUCUUGAACGCAGCAUGCGUUUUCUCUGCCAAACUCUUGCAGUUAUGCUCAAGAUACCAGGAACAUGACCUGUCUCAACUGCAUUAUUGGAUUUCUGAUUCCAUUCUCUUCGAGGUGGCUGAACAGGAUUGAGGUAAACCUGAAGGAAGAACAUCGUUCGAUCCGGAGGCAUCUGAUUGAGGAUAUCCUAUGAUCGCUUAGCACAGUUCUAUUUCUUUUAGGAGUUCUGAACCGCCAAACAAGGUCAGCCCCCAAGCUCGCUCGCAUCGGUCAGCAUCGGUCAGCUCCCAGCUGAACAACCGAUCCAGACGUUGCCAGGUACACCGAUCUGGAGAUCCCCACCAGGCGCUCGGCGACGCAGCCCAGGAAGUCUCCGGACUUCGGCUUUACCGACUGAGAGGCUCCCGCCCAAGAAGGCGGCGGCUCCGGAUUGGCGCGGGAUGGAUGGCGGGGCGACCGCGUGCUUGAAGAUCUCUGUGAGAGAAGCACUAGUAAAUAGAUGGUAACAGAAAAAUCAAAGGGCCGUAGCCAGAUGCUUAGGAUGCGAGCAAGGACCGUCUGAGACCUAAAAGGCCUCUCUGGGUGCCGUUCGCAGAAUGGAGAACUGCAUCCUUCCAAGAAGGAUGUGCCUCUAACUUUUUGCAAAUGAACAUUGCCCUGGAAUCGAAGAUUUCCAGACAACCGCCGUAUGACCCAAGUGGACCUGAAAAAGAGGAAAGCCCGCCGUAUUUUGAUGCCUUCCUGAAACGAAAGAUGCACGUCUUGGCGAUGUGUGGAAGGAACCACAGAGCACUUUCUGCAAUCAUUCGCAUGGUGUCAGGUCCAGAUGGAUUUGCGUGUGAUUCUUUCUCCAUCCUUUCUUUGCGCGCGCCUGCGAAAGAAGAUUGCAAGAUUGAAACUUUCGUUUGAAAGAAUCAUCAAUGAAAGACCCAAGAACCAGAUUCAAAACCAAGGGCCUGCCAGCUGCUGCAAAAACUUUUCCUUCAUCAACCAACCAGGACGCAAUGGAUAAACCAAUCAUUGGAACCGAGCCAAGGCAGGAAAAAGCCAGCAGAGUUUUGCCAGAACAACACGAUGGGAUGUGGGUCAUGGUGAACUGGUCGUUCACCGACUGGUCGGGCUCCAGCGCCACGUUUUGACCCAUCCCCAUAUAUGCAUUGGAUGAUUUGGUCGCACAACAGAAGAUGCUGCAAAACAUUGCAAAGCAACAUUUGUCAUUACUCGGCCAAUUUUGGAGAUGCGAAGCUGAUCCUAUGCCACAGGUGGUGAACAGCACGACAGACUUCCGUCUGCUCAUCAGAGUUUAAGGUGAUGAAUCACUGACAUUAUAUGAAUUUACCACAUGACAGUAGGCAAUGACAGAUCGCAUUGAAAUGGG